UGCAGCGGUGGGGGGGUCCCUUGCGGCCCGGGAGUCACGCCCGCCCGCGGUGGGACUCGGGCGCCAGGGGCCCUGCUGGAAACCGCAGAGGAAACAGGAUUCGUCUCUGCGGCGAGCUGGAGUUGCAGCUUCGCCCGCAGCGCGGAGCUGGGGACGCGUUCGCAGCGCCCCCUCCUUCUCCGCCCGCAGCACGUAAUUCCCCCGAGCUCCACGUGGUGCUUUGCUUACCCGAGGGAGAGUUUCGGGACAGUGGUGGGUGUACCCUUGCGGAGUUUUUUUUUUAGGUGCGGGGGCAGAGGGUUCUUAAGUCUUAAGUCUCCGGUGGGCUGCCUGGAGGAGGCUUCCGGGGCUUAGCAGGAGGAGCGUCCCGGAAGCCACCUGGAGCGUCCACCUGUUGAUGGGUGCGACGCUGCCCUCCCGUUUCCGAAGUACUCGCAACGCCGGUUUCCUGGAGCUGCAGGUCCCUCGCGGGUGGGUCUCGCUACCGUCCCUGACCCAGCGGGAAGAGCCGGGGCUGCCCGGGCGUGAGUAGACUGUGAAUCCUGUCCGUCUCUCUUCUCUCCACCUGCGCCCCGUGCUGCAGUCACCUGGGCUCCCGGGGUGUAAGGGCACUGGUCCCGAUCCCCCUCCCCUCGCCGCCAGAAAUGGAUUGAGCCGCUUUUAGCCCUUCUGGCCCCCUGGGGGACUUGGCCUACAGCAGUCCCAAGUCGCCAGGGGUGUCAUUUGUUCAAUCUCAGGAAUGGACUCCGUUUGAUGAUUUCUUCCCUGUAGGGCUGCCAAGGCUAAUUAAACUCGUGCUUAUGGAGGGGACUGCCUCCUUCCCUUUGAUUCAGUGUAAUCCUGCCAACAUUUACUGAGUUCCUAUGGGCCAGGCUGAUUUCUGGGUGCUGUGGACAUAGAGAUGCAUCUGAAGUUGAUUCCUUCCCCCAGAAGCCUGCAGAGUGGCUGGGGAAGAUGAGCCAAGUUACUUCUCUGGGUAACUUAGAUUCAAGGCAGCCUAGACAGGGGCCAGUGACGGCCAAGAAUGAGAGGAAGACCACGUUGGAGAAGUAAUGACAGAUGCGGUCCCGCCAGCUCUUAGGAAGCCCUUCAUGGAGGGGCACCGGGCCUCUUACAGUUCCAGUAGGAUGGAAAGGUACAAACUAUGUUUCCUAGACUCCUUUGCAGCUGGCAUGUGACCUAAGUUCUGCCAACUACGUGCACUCAGGUUAGAGAGACCAGCAAGCAAGAACCUCUACCUUGAAUUGGAGAAUUGGAGACAGAAGUUACUUUGUUGCGAGGACGUAAAAGAUUGCCUUUCAACCACAGAACUCCAUUGGAAAGGGUUUUGGAAGACAUGAAGAAAACCAUCAGAAACGAAGUCAGCAGCCUCAUGGCCUCUUACUGACUAGAGUGGAGUUUUAUUUCGGCAGUUUUUUGGAACGACACUGUGCACGAUGUCUACUGAGGUCAUCCAUCAGGUUGAGGAGGCCCUUGAUGAGGACGAGAAGAAAAUGCUGCUUUUUUUGUGUCGGGACGUGGCUGCCGAUGUUGCUCCGCUUAAUGUCAGGGACCUUCUGGAUAUUUUAAGUGAGCGAGGAGUGCUGUCUGCCAUGGGCUUGGCUGAGCUGCUCUACAGAGUGAGGCGGUUUGACCUGCUCAAGCGGAUCUUCAAGAUGGACAAAAGGGCAGUGGAGGCCCACCUGCUCAGGCACCCUGGCCUUAUUUCAGACUACAGGGUGCUGAUGACAGAGAUCGGUGGCAAUUUGGAAAACUCUGAUUUGUCCUCAUUAUUUUUCCUCAUGAGGGAUUAUCUUGGUCGGAGAAAGGUAGCCAAGGAUAAGAGUUUCCUGGAUCUCGUGAUCGAAUUAGAGAAACUAAAUCUGAUUGCUCCCGAUCAGUUGGAUUUACUAGAAAAAUGCCUGAAGAACAUCCACAGAGUAGACCUGAAGACAAAAAUCCAGAAAUACAAGCAGUCAGCUCAGGGACCUGAAACAAGUUAUACAAAUGCACUCCAGGCAUCGUUCCCAAAUUUGAGUCUUAAGGAUCCUUCAUGUAACUUAAGGCUCCAGAAUGGGAGAACUAAAGAACAAAGACUCAAUGUGGGACAACUUGACCUUCAAAGAGAAUCCAUGAAGGCGUCCAUCCAGGAGUCAGAAGCAUUUCUACCGCGGCACAUUCCAGAGGAGAGAUACAGGAUGCAGAGCAAACCCCUGGGAAUCUGCCUGAUAAUUGAUUGCAUUGGCAACGACGCAGCAUUUCUUCGGGACACCUUUACUUCCCUGGGCUAUGAAGUUCAGUCUUUCUUGUAUCUGAGUGUGGACGGUAUAAUCCAGGUCCUUCGCCGAGUUGCCUGCAUGCCUCAACACCGAGACUACGACAGCUUUGUGUGCGUCCUGGUGAGCCGAGGUGGCUCCCACAGUGUGUUUGGCGUCGAUCGGACAAACUCAGGGUUCCCUUUGGAUCAGAUCAGGAGGAUGUUCAUGGGAGACGCGUGCCCUUUUCUCUUAGGGAAGCCAAAGGUCUUUUUUAUUCAGAACUACGUGGAGUCAGAGGACCCGCUGGACAACAGCAGCUUGUUGGAGGUGGAUGGACCAGCGGUCAACAACCUGGAAUCAAAAGCCAAGCAGCCUGGGUCAUCUACCCUUCACCGAGAAGCUGACUUCCUUUGGAGCCUGUGCAAGGCGGACGUGUCCCUGUUGGAGCGGUCCUCCAGCUCUCCGUCAUUGUACCUGCAGUGCCUCUCCCAGAAACUGGGGAAAGAAAGAAGACGCCCGCUCCUUGAACUCCACAUUGAACUCAACGGCAGCGUGUAUGAUUGGAACAGCAGAGCGUCUACUAAGGAGAGGUACUCUGUCUGGUUGCAACACACGCUGAGAAAGAAACUCAUCCUCUCUUGGGAAUGAACAGCCAAAAGCCUUUUCUACUCCCGCCGUCUCCACCACUCGGCCAGAAGUAGUUUUCAAGCGAGGGUAUGUGUUGUGCGGGAACAUGAGGUCCUGUAUGUGCUGAAAUGAGCCUCUGUGAGGACUAUGAUCAGGGAGGUGUGUUUGAACUAAAGCCUCUGGGUGGAAGGCUUUGGUCUCUUGCUGAAAGUGUCUGAAGCCCGUGUUAGGAAGGAAAUGGCUGUGAAACUUGAAAAACCGAGUGCCGGUUGAGUUGGGUGCUGCCUUCCUUCGUGCCAGAGUCGUGGAGACAGGUUUGUAGUCACACAUCUACCACUGUGCUACUACUACUAUAAAUUCAGUGAAGGACACGAACAUUCAGUGCAUAGCCGCAUCUUUGUAAUCGGACAUUGUCUGUCUGUCUAAGACUCCAGUUCUAGUUCACAGCUAACCACAUACAUUUUUCUUUGUCACAUUUGGUGGGAUGACCUGAAAGGCAAUCAUUAUUUAAAAUUGCAUUUAAAGGGGCGCCUCGGUGGCUCGGUGGGUUAAACCACUGCCUUUGGCUCAGGUUG